UUUAUGAGUCACUAAGGAGUACUGUCAACUAAGUAAUAAGAAGCAGCAUUUUAGAAAAUUCUUAAAAAGCAAUGCAACUCAAUUUGUGCAGAUUGCUCAUCAAAAUCUCCAACAUGGGCAUCUCUAGAUUUUGGUGUUUUUGUAUGUUAUAAUUGCUCAGGUAAAAUAAUAAAUAAAUUUAUUUAGGAUAACAUAGAGCAUUAGGAUAAAAUAUAACUAGAGUGAGAUCAACAAAAUUAGAUUGUUGGACUUAAGAAAAUGUUGAUAUGAUGGAUGCUUUAGGAAAUGAUUAAAAUGAGUAAAAUUUAUAAUGAAUAAUUAUAGGUAUUGGGAAGGGAGAUUGCAAAAAAAUAAUAAAAUACAACCUUCUGCUACUCCAGAAGAAAUUAAACUUUUUGUUUAAGAAAAGUAUAUUAAGAGAACUUGGGUUAAAUAGGGUCAGGCUGACCCAAAAACUAGAUAUACAUAAUGUCUUAUGAGUGGUGUACCUUUUAGAGUUUCAAAAACUAAUACAUUUUUUAGUGAAAAUGGAACUUAAGGCUAACAGAUGAAAGAUGAUAUGAAACAAUUUCAUUCUACCUAACAAUAAGGAAUAUAAAGAAAUAAUAGAUAAUUUAGUAUAGAUACCAAAUAAAUACAGAAAGAAGCUAAUCUAAUCUCACCAGAUUAAGGUAAAGAAUUUGAUUGGAAUUCCUUUAAUCAUUUUUCUACUUUUUCUGGUAUCCCUCAAAAUCAUUCAUAUCAAACUAAUUAAUUAGAAAUACCUCCUAAAACAAAAUAAUAAAAUGAAGAUCAAUCACCAAGUUUCAAACCAAAAAACAAUAAAUUAAAUGAGUUCGAUUUACUAACUUAUUCAAUAUAAUCAGAUAAUUCAUAAUUUUUAUCACAUAAUCCAAAUCAUUCAGCAACUCUAUAAUAAGCAAAUUAUUCAUAAUUUAAUACUUACAAUCCAACUACUUAAUAACCAUAGAUAUAAGUUUAGAAAUAGACUUAAAUUUAAUCAUAGUAACAAAUAAAUUAAUAAAUAAAUUAGUAAUAACAACAAUUUUAAUUAUUAAAUUUUGAUAAUAAUGUAUUUGGAUUUAAUUCUUAAUAAUAGCCUUGGGGAGCAUAAUCAUAUCAAUAACCUUAAUAACAAUAACCUUAAUAAUAUAAUUAAGUAAAUAGUAAACCUCCAUUACCUGGAAAAUCAAAUGCUUAAGUGGGUUAUCAAAAUACAAAUUAUAAAUAACCUCAAAUAUAGCAAUAAUAAGUGAAUAAUUUAAUUAAUUAUCAAACUACAAAUUAAAUAUAAUAGCAACCUUAAGUAUAGUAAUAAUUGCCUAAUUAAUAAUAAUAAUAAUAAAAUUAGUAUUAUAAUCAAGUUUAAUCUAAUAAUACAUAAACUUUUGGAUUUGAUAAUAAAAUAAAUAAUAUUUAAAAUAAUAAUUAGUCGAUAUAUUAAGGAUUUAAUAAUAUUUAAUUUCCAAUAGAUUAAGGAGAUAAUAGCAAUUUUAAUAAUAAUAAUAAAAAUAACUAUAAUAACAACAAUAACUAUAAUAAUAAUAAUAGCAAUAACUAGAAUAAUAACUAUAAUAAUAAUAAUAAUAGCAAUAACUAGAAUAAUAAUAAUAAUAACUAAUAGUAUCAUUAAUUUAAUACAACUAACUAAUUUUCAAAUUAGAAAUACUAAAAUAAUCCAUUUGCAAAAGAUGAGUAAGAUAUAAGGAACCUUUAUAAUACUUAAUAGCCGAGCAAGUAUGAUUAGCUGAGAAACAAUCCUUAUGUUUGA